AUGCUUCUGAGUCUAACUCCGCCAGACCAAAAGCUCAUCAAGUAUGAGAAAAAUGGGCACUUUAAUACUUGGGCGUUUGUUACUCAUGGUUCACAGCUACCGGCUCAGGCAGUUCGGUUUAUGGGGCGUCCGCUCAACCGUGACCCAUCGGCGAAAGAAGCUUAUGUCGGCUGGUGGUAUGCUAACGGUGGUAGAGAGUCCACAUUUGGUCACGUCAAAAGAUGUGACAACGGUCAAAUGGUAGCUUGGUUUCCAUGGGGUGACCGGGAAUGGUACAGUGACUCCACUGGGGAGUUCCGGGUUCUAGUCAACCAAACGAACGAAACGUAUCUGUGGGUGCAUCCUGGAGAGGUGCGAUCCAAUCCCGGCUAUGAUCUGUGCGUGGCUGAUGGCUACUGCCCGGCCAUUGUCAUGAUUUCAGGUGAAGAAUGGGCGGGCAAAGCUUCUUUAGAUAGGAGAAUGGCAUGGACGGGUGCUGGGGGCAAAGAGUAUUUCCAUACUGGAUAUGCUUUCGACAAUUGCUAUGUGCUUGUGCGCAAGGAUUAU